AUGGAGAAGACUUACCUGGGGUCUGUAGUUAAAUUGAAGAAGACGGACGAUGACUGCUUCUUGUAUGUAUUUGUUGCGAUUUGUACGUCAAUCAGUGGUUGGGAAUAUUGUAAACCAGUUGUAGUAGUUGAUGGUACCUUCUUAAAGUCAGCAUACAGGAGAAUAAUGCUAACAACUAGUACAAUGGAUGCAGCAGAGUCGUUGAAUGCUGUAACAAAAUAUGCAAGAGAGCUGCCGAUAGUAGAACUAUUAGAGUAUAUGAGGACCCUUCUUGAACGUUGGACGAAAGAAAAGUUAUUGAAAGCAAAGGGUACAUUCACAUACCUUGGGUUCAAAUUUAACAAAGAGUUGGAUGACAACAGAACAUUGUCGCACAAGCUUAGAGUGAGGGCUUCAACAGACUACAUCCAUACAGUACUAGAUGGUGUGAGGCGCUAUAUUAUUUGUCUUGAAAACAAGAGAUGUAGUUGUGAGCAAUUCCAGCUUGAUGAACUUCCUUGUCCACAUGUUAUGGCUGCUUUAAGACACAGGGAUGAGUCUUUUGAACAAUAUUGUUCUCCUUAUUACACAAGGGAGAACCUCUUGCGUACUUAUGAAAUACCAGUAAAUCUCCUGCCUGAUGAAAGCAAAUGGAAUGUGCCCCAACAUAUAUCUGAAGAAGUAGUAAAUCCACCUAUAGGAGGGAAAAGACAGCUUGGAAGACCUCAAAAAGAAAGAUACAAAACAUAUAAUGAAAUAAAUUCAAAGAAGUACAAGGAUAACAGAUUUUGA